GACAGUGUCUCCUCGGUGUGAACGACACCAUAUCUGACAUGGUGGGCUACAGCUUCUUCAACAUCUUGAGGGUGCCCUGCUUCAACCUCGUCCGACAGAAACACUGCACGGAAAAGUCCUGGUGGGGAAGGUGCAAGGUUUCCAAAGAGGCCCCCUAUGCUGUCUUCCAAAAGUCUUUGAGUUACAACACAUCAGUCGUCGCAAGCAAACCUGCUGCUGUCCCCAGCAAAGGUGUCCCCGCCGCUUGCAUAGAGGGCUGUUUACCGACGAACCCAAAGAGGAGACCCAAGGUCAAACCCACAGACACGUCUGCUCCGACAGCUGCUCGGUGUAGGCCUAGAGAGCCACCGAGAGGGGAUACUUUCCAACCCAGGAGGAGGGAGGGGAAAGCCUGCCGCAAAAGCAGGAAACAACAUGUGACAGUAUCCGUCCCAAAGCAGCAGACCCCAUCGGGUGUACGCACCACUCCUGCAACCUCAUUACGGAAGAGGCCGCGGGUCGGAGCGCAGUCGGGAACCACCAGAGUUGCUUCUGGGGUCGGCGUCUCAGGUAGUAAAAAUAUUGCUGCUGGGUUGGGGGAGGCAUACGCAAGCUUGGCUACAUCAAAGGCGAUGCCCAGGGCGGAAACCAACUCCACACCUUUACCACGGACCACCGUUUCUAAUCCAGAGGUUAGGGUUGCCACAGGGACCACCAUCAGCCCCAAACGUCGGAAGAACGUGCAAAUGAAACCGCGGCGCUGUUCGACUGGGCCGUAUGUCAUCAAAGGCAGACGCAAUCACCCGCGGCGUAAACCUUGUUUGGAAAAAACGGCACUGCCUCACAAAGCAGCUACUAAGAUACCCUUGACAGUUGAAACUGGAUCACCAAGGCAACUGAAAACCGGGGAGAAACAGAGGCCCCAUAGAACGGCCGCGGCAGCGUCAACUACAACGCUAGAGACCCCACCAGCUCUCCCUUCUACGAUUCUGGGAAUAAAAACAUCUGGGAUCCUGAGUGGAAAUAAAGACUCGUUCUGGGAUAAUGGCAACCCUCCAAGGAAUGCAAAUAAAGCACUUGCAGACACUGAUUUAAUAGCAGGUGCUGGAGAAACCCUUCUUAUGUUGGCCUGCUCUGUCAUGUGA